AUGUUUAACGCUCGAAAUUACUCGGAUAUGUUUUCGUCGAACAAUAAUAAACCUCAAGCAAUUAUUGAUCUGAAUAAAAUAUUAUAUCUGACCGAUUGGAUCGAAAUAAAACGAAUGGAAACAGAAUUCAUAACGAAUGGCUGGUGUUUUGUCUUGUUACCUACAGAACUAAUUCCGGAUUUAAAACUUGGCAAUGAACUAUCGAAUUUUUUUGAAUCUAACGAUAGAAAGACAAAAUAUUCACAGAUACUGCCCAUAUAUGGUUAUUCUAAAGUAAAUCACAAGGAAGGAAUCAAAUUAUUAACUGGAAGUUAUUUUGGCGACUUUGCAUAUAAAGGAUUAGUGCCGGCAAUGCUUGUUAAACCGUUGAAUUAUCUUUCUCAAGUAUUGGAUACUAUAACAAAACGUCUUAUCGAAAUUCUAGAUCAACAUUUAAUUUUUCAACAAAAAUCAUCUUUGUCAUCUCUGAUCAAACAUGCCGAUUUACCAUUAGAAGAUGAACAUUUUGGCAUGCUCGACAUAGUAUCUUACUUUAAUGAUAAAAGUGACGAUGAGCCGAUGGAUAUUGGAACUGUUACAUUCGAGAAUCUUCCAGAAUCCGCUUCAAUAACGGUGUUACCUGGUGAAAAAAAGUUGGAUUUUUUGAAACGAGUUGAAAUGGCAACAGGUUUAUCAACGAGCAAAAUGGGUCCAGUACGUUAUCAACUUGAAAAACAUGUCAUUUCAUAUCCAACGACCAGCUGUCAAAUCAAAAAGACAUCAUACUACUCUAUCUAA